CACACCCCGAACUCCCCGCGUGCUGAUUGGCUGCGAGCGCCGCCGGUCCGGCUGAGAGGCGGAGCGGGCCGAAGGCAAAGGGAGGUGGGGAGGCGGUGGCCCGCGAUUCCCUGCACCCCGCUCGCCCCAUAGCCCUUCCCGCGGCACUCUGCCUCCUUCCUUUCCUCCUCCUCUCCCUCCGUCUUCCGUGCGCGCCCCGCGCGGCGCUCGGCCAGCGUGCCUCGCGCCCUAACGGGCGGCUGGGGGCGCCAAUCAGCGGGCGGCAGGGUGCCAGCCCCGGGGCUUCGCCGGCGAAUCGGCGGGGCUCGCGGCCCAGGGUGGGAGGCGGGUUUACCCGCGCGGCCGCGGCGGCGGAGGAGCAGCUCGCCAGCCAGCAGCCCGCGAGCGCCGAGCGAGCCGCCGGGAGGUGGGUGCGCUGCGCCUCCGCGGCCGGUCGCCGAGGGCGGAGGGCGGAAGCGGAGGCUCCUCCAUCCCAUCGGAAGAGGAAGGAACAAAAGGUCCCGCACCUCAAGGAGCUGACGGGGCGGGACCCGGCGACUCUGGCAGAUGGAUUCUGAAAUAUACAGAGAUGAAAUGAUGACAUCAGGAAUUUGCUUUUUGGGUUUUUAAGAAAAAUUAUGGUAAACCACGUUUCACUCAUUUUGUAAGUGGAAGAAACAGCUAUUUGAAAAGGUUUGGCACAGGAGGCUGUUCCUGGUGUUGUGGCUUGCUGCCUUUGGUAAGAACAUGUCAUCCAUCUUGCCAUUCACUCCACCAGUUGUGAAGAGGCUGCUGGGAUGGAAGAAGUCUGCUGGUGGGUCUGGAGGAGCAGGAGGAGGAGAGCAGAAUGGGCAAGAAGAAAAGUGGUGUGAAAAAGCAGUGAAAAGUCUGGUUAAGAAGCUAAAGAAAACAGGACGAUUAGAUGAGCUUGAGAAAGCCAUCACCACUCAAAACUGUAAUACCAAAUGUGUUACCAUACCAAGCACUUGCUCUGAAAUUUGGGGACUGAGUACACCAAAUACCAUAGAUCAGUGGGAUACAACAGGCCUUUACAGCUUCUCUGAACAAACCAGGUCUCUUGAUGGUCGUCUUCAGGUAUCCCAUCGAAAAGGAUUGCCACAUGUUAUAUAUUGCCGAUUGUGGCGCUGGCCUGAUCUUCACAGUCAUCAUGAACUCAAGGCAAUUGAAAACUGCGAAUAUGCUUUUAAUCUUAAAAAGGAUGAAGUAUGUGUAAACCCUUACCACUAUCAGAGAGUUGAGACACCAGUUUUGCCUCCAGUAUUAGUGCCACGGCACACUGAAAUCCUAACAGAACUACCGCCUCUGGAUGAUUAUACCCACUCCAUUCCAGAAAACACUAAUUUCCCAGCAGGAAUUGAGCCACAGAGUAAUUAUAUCCCAGAAACACCACCUCCUGGAUAUAUCAGUGAAGAUGGAGAAACAAGUGAUCAACAGUUGAAUCAAAGUAUGGACACAGGCUCUCCAGCAGAACUCUCUCCUACUACUCUUUCCCCUGUUAAUCAUAGCCUGGAUUUGCAGCCAGUUACUUACUCAGAACCUGCAUUUUGGUGUUCAAUAGCGUAUUAUGAAUUAAACCAGAGGGUUGGAGAAACCUUCCAUGCAUCACAGCCCUCACUCACCGUAGAUGGCUUUACAGAUCCAUCAAAUUCAGAGAGGUUUUGCUUAGGUUUACUGUCCAACGUUAACCGAAAUGCUACAGUAGAAAUGACAAGAAGACAUAUAGGAAGAGGAGUGCGCUUAUAUUACAUAGGUGGGGAAGUAUUUGCUGAGUGCCUAAGUGAUAGUGCAAUCUUUGUUCAGAGCCCGAAUUGUAAUCAGAGAUACGGCUGGCACCCUGCAACAGUGUGUAAAAUUCCACCAGGUUGUAAUCUGAAGAUCUUCAACAACCAGGAAUUUGCUGCUCUUCUGGCUCAGUCUGUUAAUCAGGGUUUUGAAGCCGUAUAUCAACUAACUAGAAUGUGCACCAUAAGAAUGAGUUUUGUGAAAGGGUGGGGAGCAGAAUACCGAAGGCAGACAGUAACAAGUACACCUUGCUGGAUUGAACUUCAUCUGAAUGGACCGCUACAGUGGUUGGACAAAGUAUUAACUCAGAUGGGAUCCCCUUCAGUGCGUUGCUCAAGCAUGUCAUAAAGCUUCAUCGCCAAUCAAAUCCCAUCAAAAGACUUAAUGUAACAGCUCUUCUGUCAUAGUAUUUGUGUGUGGUCCCCAUGGACUGUUUACUAUCCAAAAAUUCAAGAGAGAAAACAGCACUUGAGGUCUCAUCAAUUAAAGCACCUUGUGGAAUCUGUUUCCUAUAUUUGAAUAUUAGAUGGGAAAAUUAGUGUCUAGAAAUAACCUCCCAUAAAGAAGGAGGAGAAGAUUUUAAAGACUUAAUGAUGUCUUGUUGGGCAUACAACUGAGUGUCCCAAAGGUUUAUUAAUAACAGUAGUAGUUAUAUGUACAGGUAAUGUAUCAUGAUCCAGUAUCACAGUAUUGUGCUGUUUAUAUACAUUUUUAGUUUGCAUAAAUGAGGUGUGUGUGUGUGUGCUGCUUCUCAAUCUACGCAAGCCUUUAUAAAGUUAUAGUACUUGAUCUGUUAUUCCCACUUCUCCGUUAUUUUUGUGUGACUUUUUAAAUAUAUAAUAUAUAUCAAGAUUUUCAAAUUAUCAUUUAGAAGCAAAUUUUCCUUGUAGAAAAGCUAAUUUUUCUGCCUUUUACCAAAAAUAAACUCUUGGGGGAAGAAAAGUGGAUUAAUCUUUGAAAUCCUUGACCUUAAUAUGUUCAGUGGGGCUUAAACAGUCAUUCUUUGUGUUUUUUUAAUUUACUACUAAAUGUUAUUAUAAGGAAACAAUAUUGAAAAUCCUUCCAAGCUUCUUGUGUCCAUUCUCACAAUUGUCUUGAUACCAAAACAGUGUAGGAUGACAUCAUCACCGGUAACAGUUGCACUGAUACUGCUGGUACCAGUUAAUUCUGGAGUACAGUACAGAUUCAUAUAGAAUAAGACCCUUUGUGUUACACCAAGUUUCAACAGGUAAUAAUUGACUUAUAUAACCAGCAGUCUGAUGAUCUAUCUUUCCACCUCAUAAAAAAUACACAGGUGGUAGUAUGGUUAUUUUCAGGGAUAUGCUAGAAUUUCUUCAGUACAUUUAUCCUUUUUUUAAAGCUAAUCUAUAAAUAUCCCUUUUUAAAAGGUAUUUUAAAAUAUUUCAAGGCCUUCUGCUCUUUGAUUUAGAGUAGUUUCAUUUGAUUUAAUUACCAGAUUGUAUUAUGAAAUGGACCUUUUGUAAAUGGAAUUAUUUCUGCAAAAUACUUAGAAAAGUAAUGCUGAGGUUAUGAUCAGCAGAUAAGGGUCAUCUGUUUUUAAAGUAUGUAGUAUUCAAUUUAUAAAUUGAAUGUUAUGCUAUAUAAUUAUGAAUUCAUAAUUUUAAAAAUUUUGAGGAAAAGCCAUUUUAGCAAGUUUUUUUAGUUUAUCAUUACCUGCAAUCUGAGCUAUUCUUAACUAAUCCUGGAUAUGUGGUUGACUAUAUUUUAUGCUGUACAGUGUGAGGAGAUUUCAGAAGCUCCGUUGGUAGUCCUUUCUGUAGCAAAUAGUUACUAUGUCUAAUGUUGACUCAUUGAAGUUUAAACAUUUCUUGUCUGUAUCUCAGUAGAAAUGGAAAAUGACUACUCCUGAUUAUCUUUUCAUAAAUUUUCAUAUUUUUGAA